UCAGUCUUGUGAGGGCGCUUGAAAUUGUAAAACGUGUCGAGCUUUGUGCCAGUCAAUAUAGAAAUAUAUAUAUAGUUAUAUAUUAACCAUAUACCAUAUGCACUCAUAUACAGUCCCAGGAUACUGAAAUAUUCUGAAAUAUUUGCUAUUAAAUCGUUUUAAAAAAUAUAUAUACAGUGACGAUGCAUAUCGCUGGCUAAAACAAAUCACAAAAUCAAAAAUCAAUAAAAAAAUUAAUAAAUAUAUGAACAGCAACAAAAUAUGCAAUUCUGUGCAUAGCCAAACACGGAGCAAAUAUUCCGCAUAUGCCAGCAAAAAUAUGUUUACUUCUGUAAUCGAUGCAGUUAUUUUAUUUACGAUGUGUUCGCACCAAUUUAUAAAGUAAACGCGCAAACGAAUGAAAUACCAAUAAAUUGCUGGAAUUUACAUUUUAAUGAGUUUUUGCUAAACAUAAAAAAAAAAACGAGAUGGAAUUCUGAACGCUUAACAGCCAACCUAAAUAUACAUAUAGUGAAAGAGGCAGACACGAAGUGUGUGUGACAGAGAGAGAGAGCGAGAGAGCGACAGAGGCUACGAAAUCAAUCAAUUACAACACGCAAACGAGAGGCAAACACUCAUAGGGAGCUGCGGUCACCCACGGAGGCAAGGCGAGGCGGCCAAAGAUGGACCUAGGUAUACGUAAUCUAACACUGCCACCGCCAGCCGCAACAACAAUUAUGCUCUCGUCAACAGCAACAACAGCGCUGGCCGCCGCAAUGUCCAGUGGCCCAGCGACAACAAUUUCGCCAACAACAAUUGAAGCAACAGCAACGACAGCAACAGCAACCACAACAACAACAUCCACAUUUUUUACAUACAGCAUACCAGGCAUGGACAUUGCGCCGGGACCAUUUAUAUUCACCUACGUUAGUGAAUUUUUAUCGCUUAUCACGCCCGAAGAAUUGCCUCUCGAUUCCAUACGCGAUGUGCUCCACAAAAAUGUCAGCUUUGUCGACUUUACCAUGAAUGCAAUUAAAAUCGAGUCCGGUUUCAUAGCGCUGAUGAGUAUUUUCGCAAUAUUGGCACUGGUGCCAUUGAUAGCCACCUGUGCAUGGUGCUGCAGUCGUCGCAGCACCCAGGAUGAGGUCAAUCUCAUACAGAACGCAUCGAUGCACAUACGCGACGAGUCGCUGGAGGAGAAUCUGCGCUGUCGCAAGAGCGCCGGCCUGGUCACCCUCUGGAUAGUGUUCAUACUGCUCACGCUGAGCGACUUUAGCAUAUUUUAUGCGAACAGUCGCCUUGCGGCGCGCAUCGAGAUGACGCCCGAGAUGGUCAAGUCUGCUGUGCACGAUGUGGAGGUCUUUCUAAAGGAUACCCAUCUACAAAUCAAACACAAACUGGAUAAUGGCUUUCAUGUUUCCGUUGAGAAAGUCGUCAAAGAUCUGGAAGACGUGGAUGUUCUCCUUGGCGAGCCAAUUCAAGCGGAAAUAUCUGCACACACUGGCCUCGAACUGGCAUAUGAUUCAUUGACGACACUUAGCCUGGCCAACGCGGAGCUCAUCUAUCGCGUGCUCAUGCUGCAGGAGACGGUUGGACGGGCGUUGAAGCUGUCGCAGGAGGCCGCCGCCCGCAUGGAGGAGCUGCAAAUCCAGCUAUCCGUGCUGCAGCGCCAAUGCACGUACCGGGACCGUCCGCUCUGCGACACAUUGCGUAUACGCAGCUUCGAGGAGAACGGCGUUGUGGACGCCCUAAAGACGCUGCAAGAGGACCAGAGCAUCUUUCGCAUGCGCUACUUGGGCGAAAUUGAAUUUGGUGCCACUGUCAAGAAUCUAACAUCGGAAGUUGGCGUCUCACGUUCCAUUUUCAGCAAUUUCCCUCAACAAGUCAAACACGACACGGCAUACGAACGCAACUAUACGCUGGAGCAGUUGGCCAGCAUCCGGCAUAGGACGACGGCGAAUGCUCAGAUGCUGACGUCGACAAUCAAUGCACUGCUGGAGCGACUACAACGCACGUGGCCAGCUCUGGAGCCGGGCUACAAUGAGCUGAAGGCAUGGGCGAACACCUAUUGGAGCAUUGGCUGGAUCGCUGCAUUGGUCAUCGUCUGGGUGAUGCUCUUCAUGCUGAUGUCCUACUGCUGCUUCCUGUGCGAGUCGAAUGUCAAAUCGGGCGUGGUCUUUCUCAUUGCUGUUCUGAUCAUAUGCAUCGCCAGCAUUUGCCUCACCUUCUACGGCGUCUUCUCGCUGGCCGUUGGCGGCAACACAGAGGUCUUCCUGUGCCGCUCUCUCAACAGCAACAACUACGAGAUGCUGGGUAAGCUAUUCGAUAAGCCCGGCUAUGUCUAUGCUGAGGAACCCCAAACGGGCAUCAUCGGCGAACUGCUACGUCCAGCUGGCGUCAAUCGAUCUGUGGUUAAUGUCAGUCUGGGCACAGCGCUCAGGGGCUGCGAACAAAAUCAAGCAUCGUACAAUGUCUUUCAAUUGGAUGCGUUCGUUAAUACCACAAAAAUAGCCGAUUUAAAACAAUUCCCAAAAGUCUCAACAGCCAUCGAUGCCAUUACCGUAUCGGAGCGCACGCUGCUCUCGUUAACCCAGUCGAUUCAGCACAUAUUGGAGAAUAUGCUGCAAACAUCCGCGUUCAAUUUAACCACAUACCGCAACAGCGUGGGCGCACCCACACCCGAAAAGGAUUUGGCCACAUUCAUUGAUCAAAUGCAGCGUGUCGCCCUUCAGAUUCAGGACGUGGCCACAUCGUCUCGCAUGACGACGCUGGGCAGUCGGUCGAAACGUUUGCAGGCAGCCAUACUGCAGCCGCUGGAGAAUCUGCAGAACGAGAUACUCUACCAUCUGACAGCGCUGGAGCUGCAAAGGGAUCCCUGGGCCAAGCAGGUCAAUCAGACGCUCAAUCACUUGAAAAGCAUUCAGGGCUAUUUGGAGAACAAGGCCGGCGAGAUCUGUCACAAUUUGACGCGCGUCUACACUGAGCGCCUCAAGACCUAUUUGACCAGCAGUCGAGCCACCAUGGAGUCACAGCUGGGCGAUACGACCACCAAGUGCCGCCCCUUCUACGAUACGUUCGAUGCGAGUCGCAUCUUUCUGUGCCGCAACCUGGUGGACUUUGUCAAUGGGCUGUCGUUCUUCAUCUUCCUGACGCUGCUGCUCUGGGCGAUUGGCACGCCGGUGGGUCUCAAUCUGAUUACGAUAGAGACGCGGCUGAAUGCCAUGCAGCGGGCUCAGGCACGCAGCAAGGGCAAGCGACGACAGCGAAGCGACAGAAGCGAUCGGAGCGAUGAGCGGGAUCGGCGCAGUGAGAGUCGUGGCCGGCCGAAGCAGCGCACGACCAGCUCGGCAAAGCGGGAUCAGCAGCGGGAGCGCAGCACCAGCAGCACAGCAAGAGCCAGACCGCAACUACGACGCACUGCCACCGAGGAAACACUGGACAUAGCCGAUGAGGAAUCAACGCCAACUCCAACAAGACCAUCCCAACAGCAGCAGCAGCAGCAGCAUCAGCAGCAACGGCGGCAGGAGUCGGAGCAGCGUGAGCUGGAGCGUGGCCGUGAGCGAGAGCGUGACCAGCGCAGUCGUGAGCGUGAGCUGAGCCGUGCACGUGAAAUGGCCACCAUCAAUACGCCAGUGCGCAAUCGCCAGCAACUGCGUCGCGGCGGCACCUUGCCCGAUGAUGACAAUUGGGGCUCAUCCAGUGCGCCCAGUAGAGCCAACUCCAAUGAGCGUGAGAGCAGUCAGUCUAGAAAGAUCAUCAACCUUUGGCAGUCCCGUAAUAAGGUCAAGCCGCCGCUCCAGCGCCACAGCACUGAGGAGCUUGACUUUGAGGACGAUCAGCGCGACAGUGGCUGGCGCACCAAGAACAGCGCCAGUCCCGAGCAGCGCCCACAGCCCGCUGAGACCCGUAGGCAGCAGUCGGAUAGCCGUACCCAAUUGCGUAUUAAGCCCAAAUUACGUAGUAACAAUGUGGAUAGAUCGGGUAGCGAACCGUUUCGUCGUCCGGUCACGCCCGUACUGAGCGUCAAUCCGGAUAUACCCGCUGCCGUGCCCAUGCCCCGCACGCCCAUGCGCUUGCGUAACAAAGUCUCCCUGACAGCCCGAGCCGUGCAGGACAUUAUGAACAAGCGGAGUCAGCGUCUCACUCGCGCUGGUACCGAUGAGUUCGACAUGGACGAGAGCGAUACAUAUGGUACUGGUGCGCACAUGGACGCUGACGCUAUGGCGGCCGCACGUCGCACUCCGCCACGCGGUGCGCCGCCUCCGCCACCCCCUCCUGCGGCCGGCUUGAACAGAUUUAGCAGUAAAGAGCGCAGCGUGCGCUGGCACGAAGAGGAGGAGGACUUUGUCUUCGAGGAUGCCGACUCACCGAACCCAAACACGAGCCGUUAAAUCCACUAAAUUCGCGCAUACUCUAUAUAGUAUGCCUCUCCGUCGUCUUAGUCAACCUCUAGCUAUAUAUUUAUUUUGUAUUCGAUUAAUCAAUUUGUAAGUUCAACGUAGUCUAGUUUCAAAUUGCUAGCAUCAACGAUUCAAUAUUUAUUAUAAGCAUUUACGAUUGCCUUCAAUCACAAAUAAAGUUAUAGAACAAUAUA